CCAAAUGAAUGGCUGUUCGUGUAAUCAGAUUGUUGUAAAAAAUGGCAAAAACUUACGAUUAUUUAUUUAAAUUACUCUUGAUAGGUGAUUCUGGAGUGGGUAAAACUUCUAUAUUAUUUAGAUUUUCAGAAGAUGCUUUCAAUAUCUCAUUCAUAUCGACUAUUGGAAUCGACUUCAAAAUUCGGACGAUAGACCUUGAAGGGAAAAAAGUGAAGCUACAAAUAUGGGAUACCGCAGGCCAAGAGAGAUUCCGUACCAUAACCACUGCAUAUUACCGUGGUUCUAUGGGCAUCAUGCUAGUGUAUGAUGUGACAAAUGAGAAGAGCUUCGAGAACAUAAAAAACUGGAUCCGAAACAUAGAGGAAAAUGCCAGUGCUGAUGUUGAAAAGAUGAUUCUUGGCAACAAGUGUGAUCUGGAAGCUAAAAGACAAGUAUCAAAAGAGAGAGGUGAACAAUUAGCUAUAGAGUAUCAGAUAAAAUUUGUAGAAACUUCGGCUAAGGACUCACUAAAUGUUGAAUACGCGUUUUAUACUCUUGCAAAAGACAUCAAAGCAAAGAUGGAGAAAAAACAGGAGGCGAGUAACCCGCAGGCGCGGACGGGCGCGCACCAGCUGAAAGCGAACGAGCAGCAGCGCAAGCCCACGUCGUGGCUGUCCCGCUGCUCCAUCCUCUGACGUCGCCGCGCCCCCGCCCGCCGCCGGCCUCGCCCUGCCCGCGCCCGCGACAUACCCACCUCAACUAUAUUUUUCGACCUACACUUUUAAAAACUGGUGCGACAACUCACAGGGGGACAUUGCUUUUGUAUUUUUAUAUCCACAACUAUACUUCACAUCUUUAAAAUAAAAGAAACAGUAUUUUAUCAUAAAUUAAUUGUGGAUUAAUUUCCAAUUUUGAAAAGUUACAAUUUAUUUUUAGAGCGAAAUUACUUGGUGUUAUGUUGGAUAAUUUGAAGGAUAAUGGUUAAAUGGAUAUUAUUUCAAUAGAUUAUUUAGCUGUAUUUUUCUUUUGCUAUUUUAAUUAAGAUAUAUAUAUUUUAAUGUAAUAUAUACUAUUUAAUUUGAAUAAACAGUGCUUUUUUAUAUAA